UUUCAAGCUUCAGAAAGUUUCAAAUUCAUUGUCAUUACCUAAAAAUUUCCAACACACAAGUUUAAAUUAUCAACAUCCUGUUUCAAUAAAACUGAAGAAAAAAAUUAUUUAAGUUUAUCAGUAGAGUACCUGCCCUAUAAAUGCUUUCCUAUGAAAUCGAAGUUCCAUAAAAUGAACAGUAACUUCUCAAAAUAUUGGGACCAGUGGGAUGCACCAGGCGACAAUAUGACCAUGGAUGAGAAAUACGUGGAAAGUAUCUGGAAUUUGUUGAAAAACGCCAUACAGGAAAUUCAAAAGAAAAACAAUUCAGGUUUAAGUUUCGAAGAACUUUAUCGCAAUGCCUAUACCAUGGUUCUCCAUAAACAUGGCGAACGUUUAUAUACAGGUUUAAAAGAAGUUGUUACCCACCACCUAGAACUUAAGGUAAGGGAAGACGUAUUAAAAUCGUUACAUAAUAAUUUUUUAAUGACUUUAAAUCAAGCAUGGAAUGACCAUCAAACAUCAAUGGUCAUGAUUAGGGAUAUACUCAUGUAUAUGGACAGGGUGUAUGUACAACAAAAUGAUGUUGAUAAUGUAUAUAAUCUUGGACUAAUCAUAUUCAGAGAUCAAGUGGUUCGUUAUGGCUGUAUUAGAGAUCAUCUUAGAGAAACAUUACUAGAUAUGGUAAUGCGAGAGCGUAGAGGAGAGAAAGUCGAUAGAAUCUCGAUAAAAAACGCUUGUCAAAUGUUGAUGGUUCUUGGAAUUAAUUCUCGUUCUGUCUACGAAGAAGACUUUGAGCGGCCUUUUUUACAACAAUCUGCCGAAUUCUAUAAAGUGGAAAGUCAACGAUUCUUGGCAGAAAACAGCGCGUCCGUGUAUAUUAAAAAAGUAGAGGCUCGAAUCAACGAGGAAUCAGAUCGAGCCAAGCACUAUUUGGACGAAUCGACAGAAUCUCGAAUUGUGGAAGUCGUCGAAGAAGAAUUAAUCAAAAAACAUAUGAAGACAAUCGUCGAGAUGGAGAAUUCGGGGGUGGUCCACAUGCUGAAACACCAAAAGACCGACGAUUUGGCCUGCAUGUACAAGUUGUUUGGUCGCGUCUUGGACGGUCUGAAGACGAUGGCGGAUUGCGUGAGUUUGUACUUGCGCGAGCAAGGCAAGGCGUUGGUGCAAGAGGAGGAACACCAGCCGUCCACGAACGCCAUCACGUUCGUCCAAUCGCUGCUCGAUUUGAAAGACGGCUUCGAUCAUUUCCUCAAGAAUUCCUUCAACAACGACAAGAUCUUCAAGCAAAUGAUCGCGUCGGAUUUCGAGCACUUUUUAAAUUUGAAUCCCAAGUCUCCGGAAUAUCUGUCGCUGUUUAUCGAUGAUAAGCUGAAGAAAGGCGUCAAAGGGAUGUCGGAGCAAGAUAUAGAAUUAGUUUUGGAUAAAUCCAUGGUAUUGUUUAGAUUCCUUCAAGAAAAAGAUGUGUUCGAGAGAUACUACAAACAGCAUCUUGCCAAAAGAUUGUUACUCAACAAGUCUGUCAGCGACGACUGGGAGAAGAAUAUGAUCUCAAAAUUGAAGACCGAAUGUGGAUGCCAGUUUACAUCCAAAUUAGAGGGCAUGUUCAAAGACAUGACGGUGUCUAAUACGAUUAUGGAUGAAUUUAAAGAGCACAUCACGAAAUCCGAGGCUAAUUUGGGCGGAGUAGAUUUAUUUAUGCGCGUUUUAACGACCGGUUUUUGGCCAACGCAAAGCGCAACACCCAAAUGCCACAUACCAGCUGUACCACUAGCUGCCUUUGAAUGCUUUAGAAGGUUCUAUUUAGCGAAACACAGCGGUCGCCAAUUGACUUUGCAACCGCAACUCGGCAACGCCGAUUUGAACGCGGUCUUUUACGGUCCGAAGAAGGACGACAGCGACAAGGACGGCGCCUGUUCAUCAUCCACGACCGUCGUUUCGAGCAGGACCGGCCCCAGGAAGCACAUCAUUCAAGUGUCCACCUAUCAGAUGGUCGUAUUGAUGCUGUUCAAUAACCACGACAAGCUGACUUACGAAGAGAUACUCAACGAGUCUGAUAUACCAGAAAGGGACCUCAUUAGGGCUUUACAAUCUUUGGCGAUGGGUAAAGCGACUCAAAGGAUUCUUAUUAAAAAUCCGAAGACGAAGGAGAUCGAGUCCAGUCACGAGUUUUACGUAAACGACUCUUUUACAUCUAAAUUGCAUCGCGUUAAGAUACAAACUGUAGCUGCAAAGGGAGAAAACGAGCCCGAGAGAAGGGAAACUAGAAAUAAGGUUGAUGAAGAUAGAAAGCACGAAAUUGAGGCAGCGAUUGUAAGGAUAAUGAAGUCGCGAAAGCGAAUGCCGCACAAUAUUCUUGUUACGGAAGUAACAGAGCAAUUAAAGAGUCGUUUUCUUCCCUCGCCUGUAAUUAUAAAAAAGAGGAUAGAGGGUUUAAUCGAACGGGAGUACUUGGCACGGACCCCAGAAGAUCGUAAAGUGUACACAUAUGUUGCAUGAACUUAAGAGGAUCAUUAUGAAACUAUUGCAUAUAGUGGUCCAGUGAUCUACAAUAGCAGAUUAUUUACAUAAACGUAAUUAAUAUUAAUUAAAUUAUUCCGGCAGUUAAUUUUUUUUAUAGACUGGUUUAUGAUUUUAAUAAACACUCAAACAACUCCAAUAUCCGCAUUUUUGCCGAAAAGAAUUAUUGACCGCAAUUUUCAUUAUCGGAAUUCUUUAAUUUUAUAUUACUUGAAUCAUUAAUUACAAAAAAAACGUUUACCGCUUUUCAAUAUUUUUAUGAAGUUUUCUGCAAAAAUAGUAGUUGUUAUUCGGUUUCGCCAAAAUCAUACCAGUCUGUUUUUUCGGAUAAUUUGAAAUUCCAUUUAACCAGAUUUAUCGAUGUAAAAAAUAUGCGCUCAAAAAAAAUAAGAUGACUUCCAGACCAAUCAAGCGUUUAUACUCUGGUAAAUUUGCUAAUGAAAAUCUCAAAUUAACACAAUAGGUAUGAUUUAUAGUAAAAACUUGAAUGCUUCUUGCAGUUGCUAAAAUAAAUUGUAAUUUUUACAAAAUUUUGCCAGUCACUUGCAGUGUGUAUUUUCUUUAGACUCUGUUUCCUCUCUUUUUUUGUCACCGAAUCACUAUCUGUCACAACAUAUUUGGUCUUCCUCUUUCGAUUAUUUAGUUUUUUAAUUAAUUUAAAAUAUUUACUUAGAAUAUGUCUUUAGUUAUAAAACAAUAUUAAAUAAGGUUGCUGAAAACCUCAAUACUUUUGUUUGAGCUCUUGUAUCUCUUUAAUAUUCUUCAACAAUUCGAUCAUUCUCGUGAUUGGGAUUCGCCUUUUCUGUGUAGAUGACUCGUCGGUUUAGGAUUUUUAUUAUCGAAUAGAAAACUUAUUCAGAAAUUAGCCAACUGCCGAAGUGUCAUUGAAAUUGUGCAAAAAGUGACUUGUGUAGUGCCAAAAGGGACACGGAAUCUUGGAUGGAAUGUUUUAACAAAACUUUUGAAGCUCUUGGGGUGUUUAGGGAAUACUUAUGAAACGUACCUAUCAUUUUAUAAUAAACUAUAAAGUGUUUUUGCAUGUAAUUUGGUAAUAAUUGGUAUUGUGAAUCCUGAAAUUCGAUUUUCUACUUAAAUAAUAUAGUGGUAAACCAGUGGUAAUCGCGAAAUUGUUAGAAAUACGAAGAUUUGGUCGGAGGUUAAUUUGAAAGGGUGUUUGAUUUUCUUAUUCAUAUAGUUCCCUAAAAAACAGGUUGUAAAUAGAUUUAAUUUAACUAUUAAAUUAUUCUUUAUAACAGCUAGAAGGCUUUGAACGAGAAGCAUGACGGUAAAUAAAGUAUGUUUUAAU